AUGCAUUACUUCAUGCUGCACCUGAGCGUCGCCGACCUGGUCGUCGCCUUCUUCAACGUGCUGCCGCAGCUCGCCUGGGACGUCACCUACCGCUUCCAGGGCGGCAACGACCUCUGCAAGUUCGUCAAGUUUGCGCAGGUGUUCGGCAUGUUUCUCUCCACCUACGUGCUGCUUGUGAUGGCAGCCGACCGCUGGGCGGUCAUCUGCCGGCCGCUGGUCAGCAUGAUGUGGACGCCGCGCAUGGCGCAUGCGCGCGUCGCAGCCGCCUGGCUGCUCUCCGGCGUUCUCUCCUUACCACAGCUCUUCCUCUUCUCCUACCGCGACCUCGCCUACGUGCUGUGGACGUGCUGCGUCAUGUUCGUGCUGCCGACGCUGCUGCUCGCCGUCAUGUACACGUGGAUCUGCGUCGUCGUCUGGGGCCGCUUCCACGCGACGCUGCUGCCGUCCGCCGCAGCGCCCCCGCCGCCGUCUCCCUCCGGUGCGUCGCCUAGAACGGAGAGCCGCGAUAACAGCAGAGGGAGUGCGCGCACGUGCCGGCACGGCGGUAAGCAGGAGCACAGUAACAGCAGCGGGAGUGCGUCCGCUUGUCGGCACGGCGUUACCCACAACAGUAACAACAGGAGGGGUGCUUCCGCGAGUGAGAGCAGAGGGGGCGCUUGCGCGUGCCGGCACGGCGAUAACGAGAAGAACAGUAACGACAGAAGUGGUGCAUCCGUGUGCCGGCACGGCGGUAACGCGAUGAACAGUAACGACAGAAAAGGUGCAUCCACGUGCCGGCACGGCGGUCACCAAGAGAACAGUACCGAUAGAGAAGGCGCGUCCGCGUGCCGGCAUGGCGGUAACGAGGAGAACAGUAACAGCAGGGGGAGUGCGUCCGCGUGCCGGCACGGCGGUAGGGACCGGCUGUCGCGCGCCAAGGUGAAGACGGUGAAGAUGACUUUGGCCGUCGUGCUGUGUUUUGUCGUCUGCUGGACGCCGUUCUUCCUCACGACGCUCUGGUUCGUCGUCGACGAGCGUCACGCCGUGAAGACGCUCACAGGUAAGUUCUGGUUCCGAUGGUCGCCAUCUUUGGUGGUCGCCAUCUUUAGGGGCCGCCAUCUUUGA